AUGCAGGGCAAAUUUGAAGCAAUGUUAAUAUGUUUCAUUCUUGGACUCGGGUCCCUUAUUGCAUUGAACAGCUUGUGGACAAUGGGAGAUUACUACUACAAACUGUUUCCAAGAUACCAUCCUUUGCGUGUAUUCACUGUCAUUUAUCAAUCAUUUGCACUUUCAAUCAUGAUGAUACUGACUCACUAUGAGUCAAGGAUCAAUACAAGGAUGCGGAACUUAAGUGGAUACACACUUUUCUUCGUUGGCUCUUUGUUAGUUCUUGUUUUGGAUGUAGCAACAUCAGGGAGAGGGGGAAUAGGACCUUACAUUGGUUUAUGUGCACUUUGUGCUUGUUUUGGAAUUGCACAUGCUUCUGUACAAGGUGGCAUGGUUGGAGACCUCUCUUUUAUGUGUCCUGAGUUCAUUCAGUCCUUUGUUGCUGGAAUAUAUGCCUCAGGAGCUCUAGCCUGUGUUUUGAGACUUCUCACCAAAGCCAGUUUUGAGAAAUCUGAUAAUGGUCUUCGAAAUGGGGCUUUGCUAUCCUUUGCAAUCUCUACAUUCUUUGAGUUUCUAUGCAUUGUUCUGUAUGCAAUCUACUUCCCUAAGUUGUCCAUUGUAAAAUACUACCGUUCAAAGGCAGCUUCAGAAGGAUCAAAAACUGUUUCAGUUGAUCUUGCAGCUGCUGGCAUUCCAAAUGGGACAAACCAGCAAGUUGGACUUGAUGCUAAUCAACAAGAACGGUUAAGCAAUAAGCAGCUAUUUCUUCAGAACAUUGAUUAUGCAGUUGACAUGUUUCUAACUGCUGUAAUAACCCUCUCUAUUAUUCCUGGAUUCUUGUAUGAAGAUACAGGAUCCCACAAGCUAGGAACAUGGUACCAACUUCUUUUGAUUACAAUGUACAACGUUAUGAAUCUAACAUCAUCAUAUAUUCCCCUCAUCAAAUGCCUGAAGUUGGAAUCCAGAAAGGGUUUACUCAUUGCAGCUCUUUCUCGUUUAUUGCUAGUCCCUGCAUUUUACUUCACAGCAAAAUAUGGUGAGCAGGGUUGGAUGAUCUUUCUUGUGUCUUUCUUGGGACUAACCAAUGGCUAUCUCUCUGUUUGUGUAUACACAGUGGUACCUAAAGGUUACAAGGGUCCUGAACAGAAUGCUUUGGGUAAUUUGCUUGCACUCUGGCUUUCGAGUGGCAUAUGUGCUGGGGUUGCUCUUGAUUGGCUUUGGCUCAUUGGGAAAUGA